CCGAAACCAGGACAGCUAAACGGUGCGUGACCUGGCGAAUAUGUGCCCAAAACGGAAGUGCACAAAAACAAACAGUGCCAGCAGGCUAGACUUCUGCUUUUCGCAGCAUGAGCUCGCACUAUCUCAACUCCUGUGUGAAAGUGCCCAUCGAUCCAUGCAACAACUGUCCGGCUCCGGUCUACAAUCGCCCCAAGCUCUGUUCCCUCGGAGGUAAAAAGGCUCAGACUGCCAUGGAAUCACCGGAGGCGGAGACACCUGCGUGGAGCAGCCAGAUGGGUGUCAGGUCGCUGGCCAAGUUCUACGACAGUAUACCUGACUACUGUGAUGUUAAGCACCUACACCAAGCGGAGUUUUACUCCACGCUGGAGAGUCUGAGGAGCACGAGCCGUGAACUGCGAUCCCAGCCAGCUGCAGCUCCAGCUCGGGAACGAUGUGCUAGUGCCAGCAGCAGUUCUCUGGGACAUGGAAAGUCGAAAAAGCGGUCGUCCAAAGGAAAAAAGAUAAAAAAACGUCCUUUGGUGCUGGAUCCUCCUGCUCAUCCACCAAUAGAAGUGAUCCCUGAGCACCAAGAUAAAUGCGGCACUCACCCAGUGGUCCGCACUCCAAAUUCCAGUUGCCUUAGCGAGGAGUAUGACAAAUGCCUCAGGGACCUGAGCCGUUUGAAGAGCUUCAAGGAUGACUUCGCCGUCGAGGUGGCGGAUUUCAAGAGGUCCCUUAAAACUUUUGAGGCGGAGUUCCGUAGGCCAAAGUCCACUAGCAGCAAUGGAACUCAAACGCAGACUCACAACCAAAGUCAGACCCAUAACCGCUGCCAGCCGACUGCUAAUCCUGGCCAGCACACGGCAGAGCGGGCCAAGUGCCGAAGGGAAAUGCUGCGCAGGUGCUUCAGUGUCAAUGAUCUUCAAGGAAGUGCCUCAGAGGCAAAUCCAAAGCCUUCCAAACUCGCUCAACCGUCACUGAGCAAUUAUUUUCCAUGCAGAAAGGAUGAGGAGGUCCCCAAGAUACAGAUACAAUCACCCACCGCCUCCUCGAAGCGCAGCAGUAGUGCAUCCACCACAGGAAGGGGUCGAGGAAGACGCGGCAGGGGAAGGAAACCGAAACCAGGGUCAAUUCUUAAGGAAGAGAAGCCGCUGCCACCGCUGAGCAUCUUUGAUUUGCCGGAGGAGCCGUUACAGAGACGGACGCCGAGCGUGUCACCAUUGCACCCGGUAUCGCGUCCAAAUCUGGCGGCCACUUUGAGGGCUGAAGUUUCCCGAAAAAAGGUUAAGGAGCUAAAAAACAACUGCACCUAUCAUGAUCCCCGUCCGCAAUUCGAUUGGGAGGUGCGAAAGACACCUGCUUGGAAGUCGCUGUCCUUAAACGAAUCCCACAAGGCUUUAUUAUCCAUCCGGCUAGCCACCCGAAAGGCGGAGCAAGCUUUCCAAGAGCGCCAGUACGAGCUGCAUAUGGAAAUGAUGCGGCAGCGAGUCAAAUCGGCUCCACUCCUUCUCGAGGGACCCACCUUCUGGGGCCCGGAGGUGGGGAAGCUGACCCACACCUGUCGAAGCGAAGAAAUGCGCCACUCCUGCGAGGGCAGCCGGCAGCGGCGGAAGAAAAAGUCAGAGUGUUCAGUGCAGGAUGCGGACGCAAAGCUGCAGCAGCUGCGUAAGAUCUACGGCUCGGAGAAGUCCUGUUCGAGGCAGUCUCAACGGAGCAAGCGGUCCGGAAGAAGAACACAAGGACUUACCACGGAAACGCCCAGUCACGACAGCGGCGACGACCUGUGCAGUGUAGACCGGGCUUUCCUUUAGAGAAUCACCUAAUUUCCAAGCACCUAGACACAAUAUAUGUAUACAUUUUUGGAUUGACCU